UGUUAAUUCUUUAAUUCGAUAUAGCUUUAUGUACAACAAAUAUUGAAGAUGGUGAAAAUUACCUUCAAUCCUAAUAUAAUACAAGAUUUUAAGUGCCCUAAUUGUGAGCUGUACAUGUUACCACCAAUAUAUCAGUGUAAAAAGGGCCACAAUCAAUGUGAUGAAUGUUUUGGGAAGCUUAAAAAGUGUCACGAGUGCUCAGAAUGUAAAUCUGAUGAAAGAAGCUACGUUCUUGAAGAGAUAGCCGAAUAUUUGGAGUUCCCCUGUAAGUUUAAAGAAAAAGGUUGCGAUUUUAAGAGCUACUACGAUAACGUUAACGUCCACCAGAAUGUGUGUUCGUUUCGUGAGAACAAAACUACAAAAAGUAAAGAAAAUAAACCCAAUACAAAAAUCAAACAACCACCAACUGAUUCAAAAUCAGAUAGUAAAGGCUACAUGAAGGUGAACCCUCUAUUCCUUGAAGAAAAUAAAUGCCCCCUAUGCAACUAUUACAUCGACAACUUUGUUUAUUACUGUACAAAUGGUCACCAAGUAUGUUUAUACUGUGUUGAAAUCACAAAAAUUUGCUACAUUUGUCUAGCACCUGUAUGCACUGACACAUCAAACUUCAAAUGCGAUUCAACUUUAGAAUACCCAUGUAAGUUUCAAAAUCUAGGAUGCAAAUUUCAAGGACAUUUCAGGGAUGUUCUAGAGCAUCAAAUGGACUGUGAUUGCAACGCCUACUCUGACUCAGAUACAACUUUAACAGCCAACAUAGGCUACUCAGUUUUUAACACCGAAGACGACUCAGACUUCGUGAUAAGAGACUUUUUCAAGACCUGUUUGUAAUAAUUUUUGACAAAAU